UUUUCAAAUAUUACUUUGCAGAUUCUUUUUUUUCUGGUUCAUUUUUUACUAUUAAUUGCUAUUUUAACGGAAUAUUUGCUAUUUUUUCCUUAUGAAAAUCAUAUUCGACCGUCAGUCGUUUUAUAUUUUUAUUUUAUUCUUGGUAUUUAUUUGAUAAUAAAUAUAAAUUUUCAUUAUUAUAAAGCUUGCAAUGUGGAUCCAGGAAAACCUGAUCAGUCACAAACGCGUCCUUGGUGUUAUAAGUGUAAUAAUCAUAAACCGGAAAGAACUCAUCACUGUUCGAUAUGUAAUCGUUGUAUUUUACAAAUGGAUCAUCAUUGUAUAUGGAUAAAUCAAUGUGUUGGCCUUAACAAUCAUCGUUAUUUUCUUCAGUUUGUUGUUUUUGUAUGGAUCGCUGAAUCUGUUAUAUUAUUUAGUAAUUAUACAGCAUUUUGGGAAUAUUUUGAAAAUCUUAAUGUAAGAAUUAUUCCAUUUUGUAAAGAACAAAUGGAAUGGGUUUUAUGGCAGUCAUGGUUUUGCACCGAAAUUCCAUCGCUUUUGAAUGGGUGCUUCUGUUUCAAUUAUGGUUUAGCAAUUUUGUUAUUCUUUGUUUUAGGUGGAUUUAGUCUUUGGAAUAUAUAUCUUAUAUCGCUUGAUGAGACCUUAAUCGAUUUUAUAGGACUACGGUCCACUUGUUUUCGCGAUAUCUUUCUGAAUUGGCGUCGUUUUUUAGGCCUUAUCAAUGGUCGUUCAUUUAUUUGUCAUAUUUUGUUGCCUUCUUCUCAUCCGCAAGCUUUCUCUUUUAGCAGAAAACGAAAUCUUCUUAAUGUAUAA